CCCGGGUGGUUGCACGCAACGCAGCCAAAGAAACGCCCGGCCGAAGGUGAGGGGCCACCGAUCGAUCGGGUGCAGUUGUCGUCGGAGAGAUGGACGACGUGGAGGAGGGUGUUGGCCGGCCGGCGGUGCAGCUGCAGUACACGACGAAGCGGGCUGCGAGCUCGCCGUGGGGACUUCGGAAGGCGACGCUUUUACUGGCGUACCAGAGCUUCGGCGUCGUGUAUGGCGAUCUCUGCAUUUCGCCCGUCUACGUGUACAAGAACACCUUUUCCGGGAAGCUGCGGCUGCACGAGGAGGACGAGGAGAUCCUCGGGGUGCUGUCCCUCGUCUUCUGGAGCCUGACGCUCAUACCGCUUCUCAAAUACAUCAUCCUUGUUCUUGGAGCAGAUGACGAUGGAGAAGGUGGCACAUUUGCGUUGUACUCGUUGAUGUGCAGGCGCUCAAGGAUGGGCCUCCUGAUGAACAGUAUAAACGACGGGUGUUUAUCGGUGUACAGCCAGGAGGAGGAACCUCGCGAGGAGGAGCUGAAGAGUAGUCUGGCGAUAAAGUCUUUCAUCGAGAGGCAUUACUCGCUCCGUGUCCUGCUGCUGCUCUUCGUCCUGAUGGGUACUAGCAUGGUUAUUGGGGAUGGCGUCUUCACCCCAACUAUGUCAGUUCUAUCAGCAGUUUCUGGACUCAGAAUCAAGUUUCCAGAGCUACAUGAAAAUUACACUGUGCUUCUCGCCUGUUUCAUUUUGGUUGUCCUUUUCGCGCUGCAACACUACGGAACCCACCGCGUUGGGUUCCUGUUCGCUCCUAUUCUGCUUGCCUGGCUUGGCUGCAUCGGCGGCAUCGGCAUAUACAACAUAUUCAGGUGGAACCCUAGUGUCGUCCGUGCUCUGUCCCCGUACUACAUAUACAACUUCUUCAGGAAGGCCGGCAAGGAUGGCUGGAGCUCGCUAGGAGGGAUUGUUCUAUGCAUCACAGGUGCUGAAGCAAUGUUCGCUGAUCUUGGGCAUUUCUCCAAACUUUCACUGAGGCUUGGAUUCACAAUAGUUGUGUAUCCAUGCUUAGUCCUGGCUUACAUGGGUGAGGCUGCUUAUCUAUCUAAACAUAGAGAGGACCUACAGAGCAGCUUUUACAAAGCUCUCCCAGACAGAGUGUUCUGGCCUGUCCUGAUCAUCGCAACACUAGCCACAGUCGUUGGGAGCCAGGCCAUCAUCUCAGCUACGUUCUCGAUCAUAAGCCAGUCCAGGGCUUUGGGGUGCUUCCCGCGGAUAAAGAUCGUGCACACAUCCAGCCACGUCCACGGCCAGAUCUACAUACCGGAGGUGAACUGGGCCCUCAUGUUCCUGUGCCUGGCCGUCACCGUCGGCUUCCGCGACACCGAAAUGAUCGGAAACGCCUACGGGCUCGCCGUGAUCCUGGUGAUGUUCGCGACCACAUGCCUGAUGUUCCUCGUCAUCACGGUCGUGUGGAGCCGGAGCGUGGCGCUGGCGGCGCUCUUCACGGCGGGGUUCGGGUCCGUGGAGCUGACGUACCUGUCGGCGUGCCUCGCCAAGGUGCCGCACGGCGGGUGGCUGCCGCUGCUGCUGUCGCUGGGCACGCUGCUGGCCAUGUCGACGUGGCACUACGGCACGAAGAGGAAGCGGGAGCACGAGGCGCAGAGCAAGGUGCGCCUGGACCGGUUCCUGGGCCUGAGCGCCGGCAUGGGCCUGGUGCGCGUCCCGGGGGUGGGCUUCGUCUACGCCGCCAGCGCCGCCGCUGGCGGCGUGCCCCCCGUGUUCGCGCACUUCGUCACCAACUUCCCGGCGUUCCACCGGGUGCUGGUCUUCGUGUCCCUGCAGACGCUGGCGGUGCCCCGUGUGCCCCCCGGCGAGCGGUUCCUGGUGGGGCGGGUCGGCGCGCCGGCGCACCGGAUGUUCCGCUGCGUCGUGCGCUACGGGUACAAGGAAGGGCGGCGGGACCACUUCAACUUCGAGAACCAGCUGCUGAUGAAGGUGGUGGAGUUCCUGCAGCUGCAGGACGCCGCCGCCGCCGCCAAGGCGGGAGGAUGCGUGUCCGGGUCCGGGGAGCUGUCGGUGAUCCCGGCGCACGUGGACGCGGGCUCGGCGCCGCCGUCGUGCAGCGAGAUCGACGCCGGCAGGAGGGUCCGGUUCGAGGAGCCGAGCGGGGCCGCCGCCGGCAGCGAGGAGGAGGUGAAGACGCUGCUGGAGGAGCUGGAGUCCGGCGUGUCGUACAUGAUCGGGCACACGUGCGUGCAGGCCCACGAGUCGUCGCCCGCCGUGAAGAAGUUCGCCAUCAACGUGGUGUACGGGUUCCUCCGGCGCAACUCGCGGCGGCCCGCCGUGGAGCUCGGCAUCCCCAACACCUCCCUCAUCGAGGUGGGCAUGACGUACAAGAUCUGAGUCCGACUAGUGUCUAGUGGCACCUCGCCGGUGAGGACGAGCACGCUAGCUGGGGCUGAAAACACCGACGAAGCUGCAGGCUACUGUAGGGGAAUUGCUAUUUCAGAAUUCAGAGUCACAGGGCCCCCUUUUUUUUGUC